ACGGCCAGUGAAAGUUUAGAAGGAGGUGGAGGAAGGAGCAGCUGACUUCAGACUGCAGGCUUCAGGUCCACGGAGGCAUCUUCAUCAGUUCCAAUCAAAAUGAGCGUGCAGACAGAACUCUGGUGCAGCGUCAUCCUGUUGGUGCUGAUAAAGCUGGUGCAGGCCCAGUACGAGCUGCAUGGCUACCCGCCGGGCUACCCUGACCCGGAGCAGGAACAGUACACCCCCCCAGUGCUGGAUCCAGACACCCCCAGGAUCCAGCUCCGGUUGGCGGGAGAUAAGAGGAAGCACAAUGAGGGGCGAGUGGAGGUUUACUACAAAGGAGAGUGGGGGACUGUGUGUGAUGAUGACUUCAACGUCCACGCCGCCCAGGUGGUGUGCAGGGAGCUGGGCUACGUGGAGGCUGUCUCGUGGUCGCCGUCAUCAAAAUACGGAAAAGGAGAAGGACCCAUCUGGUUUGACAACCUCCAAUGCACCGGCACAGAAAAGACGUUGGCGAUGUGUCGUUCUAACGGCAUCGGAGUGUCUGACUGUAAACACACUGAGGAUGUGGGCGUGGUCUGCAGCGACAGAAGGAUCCCAGGGUUUAAAUUCGUGAACUUGCUGCCCAAUCAUGUGGAGAACCUGGACAUCCGUGUGGAGGACGUGCGUAUUCGAGCCAUACUGUCCACAUACCGCAAGCGGAUCCCCGUGACUGAAGGACAUGUAGAGGUGAAGGACGGGGGCAAGUGGAAGCAGAUCUGUGACACAGAGUGGACCCAGUUCAAUAGUAGAGUCAUCUGUGGCAUGUUUGGCUUCCCGGGAGAAAGGCGCUACAAUGCCAGAGUUUACAAGAUGUUUGCUCGAAGGAGGAAACCAACAUACUGGGAUUUCUCUGUCAACUGCACUGGUACUGAGGCUCAUUUGUCCAGCUGUAGACUGGGUCACGCCAACUCCAAUGGCACCUGCAGCGAGGGGUUGCCGGUGGUGGUGAGCUGUGUGCCCGGCAGAGCCUUCGCCCCGACGCCUAUGACAGGAUUCAGGAAGGCUUUCAGACAAGAGCAACCUUUGGUUCGCCUCCGCGGUGGUGCCAUCGUAGGCGAGGGCCGCGUGGAGGUGCUGAAAAAUGGAGAGUGGGGGACCAUAUGUGAUGAUAAAUGGAGUUUGCUUUCUGCCACUGUGGUGUGUCGAGAACUCGGCUUCGGCACUGCAAAGGAGGCUCUGUCUGGAGGUCGCCUAGGACAAGGUAUGGGCCCGGUGCACAUGAAUGAGGUGCAGUGCACUGGAUUUGAGAAGUCCAUAACUGAGUGUUCAUUCAACGCGGAGAUUCUUGGCUGCAGCCAUGAGGAGGACGCAGCUGUCAGGUGUAAUGUUCCUGCUAUGGGUUUCCAGCAAAGGCUGCGUCUGAGUGGAGGCCGUAACCCCUACGAAGGCCGUGUGGAGGUACUGAUGGAGCGGAACGACUCUCUGGUCUGGGGCACGGUAUGCAGCGAGGGGUGGGGAAUCAUGGAAGCCAUGGUGGUCUGCAGACAGCUGGGCUUAGGAUUUGCCAGCAAUGCUUUCCAGGAGACGUGGUAUUGGCCGGGUGAGGUGAGUGCAGACCAGGUGGUGAUGAGUGGCGUUCGCUGCUCUGGAACCGAGAUGUCUCUGUCCCACUGCCUUCACCACGGGCAGCACCUCAGCUGUCCUCGAGGGGGAGGCCGCCACGCUGCUGGAGUCUCCUGCUCUGAGACGGCUCCUGACCUGGUGCUAAACCCUCUGAUAGUGGAGCAGACCACCUACAUGGAGGACCGGCCCAUGUUCAUGCUGCAGUGCGCAUACGAGGAGAACUGUCUGUCCUCCACCUCUGGCCAAGUCCCUGCCAACACGUACCGGCGCCUGCUGCGCUUCUCCUCCCAGAUCCACAACAACGGCCAGUCCGACUUCCGACCCAAAGCAGGGAGGCACGAGUGGGUUUGGCACGAGUGUCACAGGCAUUAUCACAGCAUGGAGGUGUUCACCACGUAUGACCUGUUCAGCCUGAAUGGAUCAAAGGUGGCAGAAGGUCACAAAGCCAGUUUCUGUCUGGAGGACUCAGAGUGUGAUGAAGGGAUUGAAAAGAAGUACGAGUGCGCUAACUUUGGGGAACAGGGGAUCACUGUUGGCUGCUGGGAUACCUACAGACAUGACAUCGAUUGUCAGUGGAUCGACAUCACUGAUAUCAAGCCUGGAGAUUACCUUUUCCAGAUUGUGAUCAAUCCAAACUACGAAGUCCCAGAAACAGACUACACCAACAACAUAACCAAAUGCAGAUGUCGAUAUGACGGCAACCGUGUCUGGAUGUACAGCUGCCAUAAUGGCGGCUCGCUGAGCGCGGAGCUGGAGCAGACGUUCCCCGGCCUCCUCAACAACCAGGUGACCCACAGGUAGAGAUCAGGACGACGAGUGCAGUCAGGCAGCCGGGCCCUCGAGACAAACGCUGACCAACCACUACACAGUCAUCUGUGCUGGGUCCAUGUCAGCCCGGCAAUGAUUGCACAGCCUCUGCUACCACCCCCAAACAGCCACCAUCUCCACCCCAGGACAGAAAGAACGAGGAGGUAGAGCCUCUGUGGGGAGAAUCAAAGGAACGGCGAAGAUCAGCACAAGAGACUCAUGUUCUGAAAGGAAAUGCAGGACUUUAAAAGAACCAGCUGCAGAGUUUGGUGUGGUUUAGUUUAGUUUGUGUUUUUUGUUCUAAAAGAGUUCAGACUCCAGUGCUGUACUGCCUAAAAGCUGAGAAAAAGGCUGUCUGGGUGUGGAAAUACAGACGAGUGUUUCUUCUUCUAUUUAUCAAAGUCAUUGAGUGUAAUUUCCAACGUUCAGUCCUUUUGGAUCAGAUUAAGAACUGAUCCAGUUUAUGCCCAUGAAAGAAGCAUGUAUCACCAGUCAUGAGAAAAUGGAAGAAUGUCCAGUUCCAGUGGAUAAAAUGUUGAAAUUUUACUGAACUGAACUACCUAUUCCCACCUUUCAAACCCACGAUCCUCCUCAUGAUCCUCCUGUUCUGUACUGUACUACAGAUCAUCUCCUUUAAUCUGAAAACUGAGGUUUUACUGCUCUCUAGUGGCGUAUCCAUGCCUAACCCAUUGGUCCAUAUUGAUGCAAUAAUGCAAAUCACCUUAAAAAACAUAAAAGCAAAAACAUAUUUUUGUCUGAGCUGUAGAUACAUUUAGACGUUAAAUCAGUUCAGAGUUAUUUAUGUUGUUACAGAGAAGAUGUACUCCAAAAAUGUUAAGGUUCUCAAACAUUAAACAUGUGAAAGUUAAUGAAGUUCAGAUGAGGAAAAACAUCAUAAGAACGUGUUUUUAAAUGAGCUUGAAUUGAUCAGUUCAUGUUGAGUUCCGGUCCGAUAACAGCAUCGACUCACACAGAGAACAAUUGUACUUUUUGGAAGUUUUCGCUCCCUUAAAAAUGUACCACCUUCUGAUGAUGGUAAACAGUUUUGAAAAAAGAGAGAAGUGAUACUCUAAGUGAUGGAACUUCCUUGAAGCCAGACUAUACUGCUAAAGCAUCCAUGGAUCAAGCUACCUCUGAGCACCAGAACACACUUUUGUGUGGUGGGGUUUUGUUGUUCAGGGCGACUGCACUUUAAAAUGUUGAUCUAUUGCAGUGUUCACACCAGUUCAGGCCACUACUUUGAGUGAAAAGUCAAUGAAAACGUGUGUAUUCAGACUCUGAUGUUCAUGUGUCACUACGCAAGUUUUAAAGUCAGUUUAUGGGCGGAUUACGGCCAUUGAACAGACGUUAAAAGUUAGAUCGGUUUAACUUUGACCUGGAUUUGGUAGUGACAUAAAGAUAGUGUCCUUUUUAUUUCACAAAAGUACCAACCGGUUAAAAUGGAUCAGGGAGGAAAAAUUAAUAAUUGUGGUUUGAUUUAGCACCAAGACUUUUAUAUAUAGUGGAAUUGAGCUGUGAAAGUAAAAGACUAGAGUCAGAUUCACCAGAUGUCUUCCUCUUCAACAUAUUUAAGCUAUAAGUACAUGCAUCAGGUAACCAGUGUGAACACCAUAUGCUAAAUGCGGUUUCAAGAACCUACCUUAACCCUUUAACUGCCUGCUCAACCAAACAAUGGGAAACAUUUAGAAAACAGGUUUAUAAAAAUAUUGAUUGUGUGUGUUACUCCACGAGGUACAGAGCCCCUACAGGGAAAUUGAAGAAAAUAAAAUUGAAGUCUUUUUUUUUUCUCUAAAAAUUGAAGUAAAAAAAAAAUAAAAAUCUUCUUAGUAAUUGGUGAUCAAUUAGUAACCAGAACAUUUUUUAAUUCAAUUUUUAGAAACUAUCUGGUGUUCAGCAGUUACUAACCACAAUUUUUUUUGGUAAAAAUCAAAGUAGUAAAAAUAAAAAAUAAAAAUUGUAUAGUAACUGAUGCACACCAGAUGAUAACUGGUACACAUCAGUUACUAACCAUUAAAAAAUAUAUAAAUAGUUAAAGGGUUAAGCGUGUUUUUGAACAUGUGUCCCAUUUCUGGUGAGUAGCUUAAUACAACUCACUAUAAUACUAAUGAUUCUCAACUUUUACUUAAAAUAAGGUUUUCAAAAGCAUUAAACAAAAACAAAAAUGACAUACCUGUGGAAGUGUUUUUGAUAGACGAACAUGUCAACACAGAUUUAGCAAAUCACACUAGUGACACAAAAGCUGGAGUUGGUUUCAUUAUUAUUCAUUGUUUGGAUAAUCUUUCAUUCAUCCAGUAUAUUGUUACUUAUCAGUAAAAUGGUUAAAAAUGUGCUGAAUCUGUCAUUGUAGGUGAUCGACCUCUUUACCAUUGUUGACUGUAGUUAUCUAUGCAUCCCAGAGGUCCAGACUCUGGUUACACACUCAGAGGAGCCACUUUAACUUUGUUGUAUUCAUGUAUAAUGCUGAGCAUAGACCGGUGAAACGCGUCCAAAUCCAUUGGGUUAGUGCGGUUGUCUCUGAAGUGCUCCGCCCCCCCUGAUUUCAGAUAGGCUUGGUGCUUCUUUUCACAGCAUUAUUUACAUUUUUCCUUAUUUAUGCUAAAAAAAAGAUCCAUUGAUUUCAAAUUGUUGCAACCUUGAGCUGAGAAAGCGUUAUUAUUGGCUGCAAUACUCAGGAGUACCUAAUCCUAAACUAUGACACACUCACACCUCAAACUUCAGAGGUCCAGACUUACUGUAGCACUGGAUCAGAAAAGUUUGAUCCGGUGGCUUAGAGUGGAUCAGGUUCUGUGCAACACAGAAACUAUUCUACCAUCCCCAACAUGUGUCUAAACAUGAGUUAACAGACAUCAUAACCGACUUGCCUAUAACCCGUGUGCACAAUGAAUGCAGUACUACCAUCAAAUCUGCUAAACUCAUUUGGACAUAUUUUCAGAUAUCAAAAAUCAUCUGGACUCAUUAAAUAAGAGUGUAAUUUUCUGUCUAAAUAUGUCACUUUUUUAAAGACAUUUUAAAAAAGGCCUUUUCAUUCCAAUGUAUUUGUGUUUCCUUUUGUACUUUCCAAUGUUUAAAUGUAUUUACUUUUGUUCUUUUCGUAAUGGUGCUAUCAAACUGGUCCUCUGUUUUCUGAGGGCUCAGUAAAUGUUACAAAGUUACGUUGUGUAUACUUGAAGAGUAUACUUGAAUCCUGAGGAAGAAACAACCUGUGCUGUGUGCAAAUUUACUACAAGAUUAAAGUUAUUAAGCAACAAA